AUGAAGCUUCUCUUCUGCUUGACCGUUCUUGCCGCCCUUAUCUUCUCCUGUGCCUCUGCUCAGAGUUGCACGGCAUCGCUCAACCAGACGCGCCAGGCCUCGUGGGUCGACUCUGAGCAGUUCCCGCGCUCCCUGUGGACCGUCGAGAUCCGCAACACGGGCCAGCAGGCCGUCACCAACGUGCUCCUCUCCAUCCAGGGCUCCAUCAACCAGAUCUGGGAGGUGGUGCUGGUCAACGACAGCCUCUACCGCCUGCCCGAUUGGCGCCUGCAGGUGGGCGGCAUUCCGGCGGGCCAGAGCCACGUGUUCGGGUUCAUCGUCAACAACAACAGCACGGCGGCGCCCGUGUCGCUGGUGAGCGUCCAGUGCGGCAACGUCACCGUGCCCUCGCCUUCGCCCUCGGCCUCUGCCUCGUCGGUGCCUUCGCCCUCGGCCUCGGCCUCUGCUGCGCCCAGCCCCAGCGCUGGCGCGAGUCCCAGCUCGAGCCCGAGGCCCAGCCCGUCGGGCGGGUGCUCGCUCCUGGCGUCGCAGGUGGCACGCUCAGGCGCCGGCGGGUCGUGGAGCGACAACUCCAAUCGGUUCCAGAUCUAUGACAUCACGCUCAACAACAAUGGCGCCAGCCGCUUGACCCAGGCCUCGCUCACCAUCGCCAUCGCCGCCGACCAGGCCAUCGCCCAGUUCUGGAACCUGGAGCGGGUCGACGCCACCAACACAUUCAACAUCGAGAGCUUCCUGCUGCCGGCGCCGGGCGGGUCGCAGUCGGGCCUGGGCUACGUGCUGCAGACGCCGCUCAACUCCACGUCCGACGGGUCGUCCAUCGGCGCCGUCAACUUCCGCUGCUGA